AUGGUUAGACGUAUAGAAGGUACAAUUGAUUAUGAAAAACAUAAUGAAAUUCUCAAUGAUAAUCAUAAAGUUUUAAUCUAUCUUGAUGAUAUGACAUUAACUGAACUUGGUUCACAAGAUGGUUCAUUUGUUCGUAAAUUUCAUACAAUUGCAAAAUUAAUUAUUGAAAAUCAAAUUCUUACAUUUCCUAUAACAUUUACACUUGAAUAUGAUGAAAAAGAAAUUGAAAAAGCAUCAAAUUAUUCAUUACGUGUACGUAUUGUAGCUGAUGGUAAAACACGUUUUAUAACAAGUACAAAUGUGCCAGUUCUUACAAAAGGUUAUGGAGAUAUAGUUGAUAUUCAAGUAGAAAAAAUUGAUUUAAUGUAA